AUGGAGACAUUCCCUAAUGAUCAUUUGUUUCCUAAAGUUACUCCACUUCUUCCAAUUACUUCAAAAAAAAUAAAACUUGAUGAAAGUACAAGACAAAAACAUUUAACAAAAUUAGUUAAAUUAAAAGUUAUUUGUGUUAGAUUAAUGGACCAAAUUAUUAAAGCUGAUCAAAAAGUUAAAGAACAAAUGUUUGAUACUAAUCAACAAAUGAAAAAAGAAAGUUUAACAUAUUUUAUAGCUCAACAAAGAGAAAUGAAACAAGUUAGUGACAAUUAUUAUAUAACACAAUUAAAACGAUUUAAAUUUCAAAGAAAUGUAUUGGCAUAUGAUUUUAAUAUUAUUAAACAACAUUGUGAAAUCUUAUCAGUGGUUAUUUCUAUGUUAGAAAAAUCAUAUUUUGUUAUCGAAAUAAAAAAGUUCUUUAUUUCUCCAAUUAGUUUAUUAAAAAAAGAUGAAAUAGAAAUUCCACGUAAAGAAUUUAUGAAUAAAUUAAAUAAGAAUUUAUAUUCUGCAAAACAACACUAUUACGAAGUACUCACAAAAUAUUCAACAUUAACAAACCCUCGUACAAAAGUAUUAAAAACAAUAUUAGUUGAUGUUAUAAUUAAAAUUGAUAAAAAUGAACGAAAAUUUAUAUUUUCUCCUGAUUUAAUCGAACAUUUUAAUUAUUGGUUUUGGGAUUAUAGAUCUCCUUAUUGGGAAGAUAUAAAACGAUUAGUAUUAAAACCAAUUCAAAGUAAAACUAUUAUGAAUGAAUUAAGAAAUAUUCGUAAAAGAAUCAUUAAAGAUAAUAAAAUAGGGUUUAUUGGUAGUAGUGAUAUUUUAGAUAGACUAAUUGAAAUAGUAGCAUUUCCACGUUUAUAUUAUAAAACCAUCCCUUUACCAUUUGAUUAUCAAACAUAUUUUUUACACUGUAAAAUUAUUAAAGAAAAGUAUAAAGGAAAUUCUCAAUGGGAUGGUAAUUUUAAUCAAUUAAUUUCUUUGUGUAAUGAAUUAAAUUUAUUAUUCAUUCCAACUGACAUUUUUAAAAAAGUAGAUGAAAUUGUUUCUAGUAUUCCUAGUUUAUUAUCUUCUAUUCCUGAUGGUGAUGAAUUACUUCAACAUGUUGCAUGGAUUAUAAGUAAUUCUGAAUUACAUUGUCAAAGAGAAAUAUCAGAUAUUUUAUUAAAUUGUUCACCAUACAAACAUUCAGUAGGUAAAAUUUGUUAUUCAGCAACAAUAUUUGAUUUAGCAUUGAAGCUUAUUAUUCUUUGUAAUGACUGA